AUGUCACAGUAUCCAGGCUUUACUCCAUGGCCAUACAAUCAAUAUCAGGGCCAUCCCGCUCCCCCUCCAGCGGCGCAGUCUCCGUACGGUUACCAACCCCCCACUGCCUACCCUGCACCACCCUUUCCUCCGCCGCCGACAUACGGUGCUCCGAGUGCCUUCCCGCCGCCGCCCGAAGCCCACCAGAAUGCAGCUCAAGGCUCUUUCAACUACAACGCGAGCAACAUACCUGGUCUUGGGAUGGGAGCAAACAGCGCUAUGGGCAAUGCUUUCCCAGCCGCACCUCCACCAGCAAAUCCAUGGGGACAGCCGUUGCCAGUUUUAUACACGCCCACCAUUCCAAACCUUCAUUCUGCCCAGCAAACCGUAAUUCCUGGCACAAAGGCCCCACAACCUGUAGCACCCGCUGCCCAAGUGGCCGUCAGCAUCGAGAUGGAGGAAGGCGAGUUGAGUGAGGGCCAGUUUGAGGAUCUUUAUGAUGAUACGCAAAAGUCACCACCGCCGGCCAGCCCCCCGAAACAGACUGCCAAAAAGCUUCCUGUCACACAGCCAAGCGCUGUCCCGAGUACAGUCGCCAGUCAACCCACCAGUGCGUCUGAUACACCGGAGGGUGGCUUCUAUGGCAAUGAUGAAGACGAAGCUCGCGAUAGGUCCGCGUCCUACUCUCCAUUCCUAUCACCCAGAGAAAGCUCGAACGAAACCCCCGCAUCCCAAUCCCAAGGAGCCAGGCCUUCCAAUGUCGUAAAACCACAGUCCAACAACCCUUCAGAAACCGUCCCGCCUGUGACAAAUGUUGGCUUGCCCGGCCUGCAGCCACAGUCGUCCACGGUUCCGAAUGCCAACGGCACUCCAGAAAGUCCCGCCAACUAUUUGGACACCUUCAAAUCGGUGCCAGAAGCCAAGAAGGAGGCCCAAAAAGCAAUCCUACGGUUGUGGGCCCUUGGAGUCAAAUAUCAAACCUAUCUCGACGAAGGGUUUGAUGAGAAGGUGAUCAAAUCCUUGUUUGGAGAUCUUCAUCUUGAACUGCCCAAGCCUGUUGUAGAGAAGGCAAAGGCGGAAGCACAGACUGUCCGGUCGCCAGGCGCAAGUGCGGAUAGUCCCACGACGGCCCAAGCACAAGGGACACAACCUGAGUCCAAGGAUACGGCGGGGCCAGUAACCAAGAGUAAAGGGGAAGAGCGUAAGGAUCGCAUUGCUCGUCUCCUCGCCGCCAAGGCUGCAAAAGGGCCGGCUGUCGUUCCCCCAAAGCCCGCAGUUGUACCACCAAACCCAGCGGCAGCGCCAUCGCCAGCGCCAGCACCAGCUCCGGCUGAAGCACCGAAGCCUACCCCGCCUACGGGACCGAAAGCCAAGAUUCGAGGAGAAAAAGAACGCAUCCUCCAGGAGAAGAUCGCAGCCUUGCAGAAGGCUCGAGAGGCGCAAGCGUCUGGAGCUGGAAAGGCAGGUUCUCAAACUCCUGUGAAUACUGCUACGGUUGCUACACCGCAACACCAACCUGCCGGCACCUCAUGCAUGACCUUGAAUUUUGCCAGUUCCCAGCCAGGCCCCCUCGCUGUUCAGACUAGUGGCCUGCCAACACCACCCAUUCCUGGCAUCGUUGGAUCUGCCAACGUUCAGCUCAACACGGCAAGUCAGCGCAAGCGACCGGUCGCUGCUGAUUUCGUUGACUACCCAUCCGCUGCUGGAUCAACAAAGCGGCCGUUUGGCCAGUUACGCCAGGAAGCCUCUCUCAUCAUUGACGUUAGCGACGUUUCGGACGAUGAAGAGAUGGACAUGGAUAUGGGCUCUCCCACUGACGAGCCAUCAUCGAUGCAGUCGAAAGAUGGUCCGACUGCAUCACGUGGGCCAUCCAUUCGCGAUUUCCCUCCAUUGACAAACCUCCCACAGCGACAAUUGUUAACUUCUACAACCCCUUUGCACACACCACUAACUGGCCCAGCCUUGGGAGGAAAACGUCACACUGAACUCACCAUCAAGGAGAGAGAGAUUCAGGAAAUGCGAAGGAUGAUUGCGUUGGCUGAAGCAAAGCGGAAAGCGAAAUUGCCCCAGGCAGGUUCGCGGGCACAGACUCAGUCAGGCCAAACACCAGAACCUAAGAAUGCUGGCACUCCUGUCUUGAGUAGCCCUGCUCAGUCAGACAGGCCAACUCCUCAGCCCACCCCGGAAGCCACGUCGAUUAGGCCUCCCAAGGCUUCAGAUACCGCAACUUCUAACCCGGCACAGAAAGCCGCACAGCACGGCCGCCUUGCUGCCCUUGAAGAGAAACGGCGGCGUCUGGAGCAGCUACGUGCAGAGGAGGCGUUGCUACAAGCGGAGAUUGAGAAGGAGAUGCUGGCUGCCCAGUCGGACCAGGUCAGCACGCCAUCUGACAGAGAGGCGCCCCAAGAUAGCGGGCUCAACUCUGGAGAUGAUAGGACAGGUACUUAA